CGUGGAGCUGAGUGGGGCGGGGCCCAGACGCUUCCUCACUGGUGAGGGUGCUGAGCUACUCCGCCAAGUUGGCGAGGGGUGUCUGCCCAGACCUACUCCACCAUGUCGAAGGUUUCCUUUAAGAUCACGCUGACGUCGGACCCGCGGCUGCCAUAUAAAGUACUUAGUGUUCCUGAGAGUACACCUUUUACAGCUGUCUUAAAAUUUGCAGCAGAAGAAUUUAAAGUUCCUGCAGCAACAAGUGCAAUUAUUACCAAUGAUGGAAUAGGAAUAAAUCCUGCACAGACUGCUGGAAAUGUUUUUCUAAAGCACGGUUCAGAACUUCGAAUUAUUCCUAGAGAUCGUGUUGGAAGUUGUUAAUAUCUGCUACUUGGAACAUACAAUUACUUUUCAGAAUAAAUAUUGGUAUUUUUGGUUGUUGUAAAUGUGAAAUCAGGCAUUUAAUAUACUAUGAAAACACCAGAAGUCAAUGAAACAAUGAAAGGUGGACUCUUCUGGUCCCUUCUUUGUUCAUGAUCUUCAUGUGCAGAGGAAAUGCUUGUGAGUAAAGGGUACCGCUACCACAGAUGGUCAUAGAGUUGUUGAUUGCUACCUCACAACACAAGUAGGGAGUUCAUUUGUGAAAAAUGGAUUAUCCAACUGUGUUUUUUACCUGGAGGAUGAUUCUGAUAAUUCUUUCUGAAAACUUUUGGAAAAUUGAAGGUUACUGAACCUUACAUAUUUGUAUUUGAGUUAAAAAUGUAAAAGGAUAUGAGUCAUAGAUGGCAGUUUACUGGGUAGCAUCUGACUUACAGACUCAUAGUUUGAUUCUUAGUGUAUAGUUUAUGAUGACAAUAAUAGACCUGUCAGUGAUGGUUAACUAUCUUGAUUUUAUCAUUGAGGUUUUGUAUGUUUCAAACUUCAUGUGUCAUAUAAAUUUAAUUGAGUACCAGAGAGUAAAAAAUAUUACUUUUGGUCUAAUCUUUAUGUAUAUAAAUUCACAUUCCACAACAAAUAAGUUUUAACAGUCAUCUUGCAGAAUCCAGUAUAUGUAAUGGUGGAAAUUGACAGUGCAGUACAAGCAUCCUUUACUGAGUUAUGCAUUCCUUUAUCAAUCUUGUGUAGUACUACUUUGGAGAGAGAAGUUCUCUAGAAACCAUUGUCCUUUGGAGGAUAAUAUUUCUGAAUAACUUAAGAAAAGAGUAUGGUUACAGAGAAAAUAUGAAGAUUAUAACAAAGUUUAAUGAUACCAAUUGAAAAUUUCAAUGAAUUACACUUAUUGAAGAACUGACUUAAAGAAGUGCCAAUAUUUUUCACCCAAAUGGAUAAGAAACCAAGUAAGGGAAGAUGAGAAAGUCUGGUUGACCAGGCUUUCCCAAGGAGGAAAGCAACAAGUACACAGUGAAGAGGAACAAUUGUCACAAAGUGUCACAGAAAGAGCCAGCUGGUUGGACAGAGCUGCAGAGAGUAUGUUGGAGAAAACAAAGGGAAAACAAAAUACUAGACCAGUCUUAAGUAGCAGAAGGCAUUUAGAGAAAGGGGCUUUGUCAACAUGUAGAUUUCAAAGUACCCCUUAUGACAAUUCAAAGAACAUAAUAAAAGAUUUUACUUGACCUUACAGAGGAUAUCAGUAUCUGUACAUCUUGAAAGAUGAAAUCAAGGCUUUUAAUGAUUCAAAAUCAUUUCUUGACCUGCUAUAUUUUAAAUGAUGAACUUGUCAUGUCAUAUUACUUCUAGAACUGGAAGUAUAGUAGACUUUCAGUAAAUAUUUGAUGAAUCAUUCAUGAAUUAAGUCUUAAGAGUUUUUAUCUUAGCAUGUGUCAGUAUCUUCCCUGGUAUAGUUCGUAGGUUUGAUGGGGAAGAAAUGAAUUACAAGAAAAUGCAACUGAGUGUCUGGGGCUGUGUCUUAGUGGUAGAGCACUUGCCUAGCAUGUGUGAGGCACUGGGUUCAAUCCUCAGCUCCACAUAUAAAUAAAUAAAAUAAAGGUCCUUCAGCAACAAAAAAAAAAAAUUAAAAAAAAAAAAAAAAAGAAAAUGCAAUUGAAUCAUCUUAAGGGUAACAUCAGUAGUUUAAAAAUUACCAAAUAUUCACAGAUUUGAUGAACAGCAGGAUUCUGAAUUAUCAAAGGAAGAACUUUGGCUGAGAUAAAAAAAAAUAUGUGUGUAUAUAUAUAUAUACAUAUAUAUAUAUUGCUAAUGUUUGGAAUGUUUUUAUUUUUAUAAAAAAAAAAAAAAGAAUAAUGAUCUGAUGCUUAAAGGCCCUUGUUUCUUAUAAUCAAGACUAAGUUAACCAGAAACUUAUGAAACCUAUUCCCUGAAUUUGGAGCUUAGUUUAAAUUCUCCAUUUUGCUUCUAACACAAAAAUCUGCCUGCUGUUUGCCUAGAUAAGUUUAUUGUGUUCUGUGCCAUAAAGUGAUUUAUUUAAUACUUUUGUUCUUCAGUUUUGAAAAUUAGAUUAUAAUUCUCCAAAACCUUUCAUUAAGCAAGGCAUUUUGUUACUAAACAAUUGUAAUCUGUAAGCUCUUUGUUCAAAAUGUUUUGAAGUGUUGUAUUUUAGUUCAAAUGUAUUAAUAGUCCAUGAUUAAUAUCUUAUGAAAAUACAUUCUGUUGUACU